GCGCGCCGCGGUAACGAGACACGUUUCAAGUGCGUUCCGUUCCGCGUAAACGCCGGUAUAAUUGUUUCAAACAUUCGCUCAGCUGAUCUGUGACAACAGUUUUUCACCGAAACCAAAUAUCGCCCAACUACAACCAAACAGUGAACUAGUGUGUGACCAUCUAGAAGGAGCGAGUAUCGAAAAUAUCUCAAGUAUAAAAAUAUAACGCGUCGCCGAGUACCGUUUCCCGGCGUGUGACUGAUCGAUACUUUUAAAUGAUAACAUGGAUUCAAUUAGGUGUUUCAAGACGUCGAGAUAAUAGUUCGACGGUGGUGUUACAGUGAUUGUGUUGGUGACGGUGGCUGAUGAUGCGGCUCCAAUAACCCGUCAACAUGUGGUCGUGCCUCGUCCUGUUGGCUGUAUGCGCGUGCGCAGUCGCGCUGCAGCCUCGCUGCGAGGAAAUCACUAUACCGAUGUGCCGCGGCAUCGGGUACAACCUCACGUCGUUCCCCAAUGCGCUUGAUCAUGAUACUCAAGAGGAAGCUGGGUUAGAGGUGCAUCAGUACUGGCCCCUCGUGGAGAUCAAGUGCUCCGCCGACCUCAAGUUCUUCCUGUGCUCGGUAUACACCCCCAUCUGCAUAGAGGACUACGCCAAGCCGCUGCCGGCGUGCCGCAGCGUGUGCGAGCGCGCCCGCGCCGGCUGCGCGCCGCUCAUGCAGAAGUACGGCUUCCAGUGGCCCGAGCGCAUGGCGUGCGAGAAGCUGCCGCGCAUGGGCGACCCCGACAACCUGUGCAUGGAGGAGACCGAGCGGGCGCACGAGCCCGAGCCGCCGCGCCCGCCGCCGCGCAAGGUACACAAAGACAAGUGCAAGGAUCCAAAAAACUGCGCAAGCGGCCCGUCUGCCAGCCCGGGCGAGGCCGCCGGCGACGACUGCGCCUGCGCCUGCCGCCCGCCGCUGCUGGCGCGGGCCGCGCCGGCGCACAACGCGUCGCGGCCCGCCGGCCUGCCCGCGUGCGCGCUGCCCUGCCGCGGCGCCUUCUUCACGCAGGAGGAAAAGGACUUCGCCGCCGUGUGGGUCGCGCUCUGGAGCGGCCUGUGCGCCGCCUCCACGCUCAUGACGCUCACCACCUUCCUCAUCGACUCGCAGCGGUUCAAGUACCCGGAGCGGCCCAUCGUGUACCUGUCCGCGUGCUACUUCAUGGUCGCCGUCGGCUACCUGACGCGGCUCGCGCUCGGCCACGAGGAGGUGGCGUGUGAUGGCGCGCUGCUCAAGACCUUCGCGAACGGCCCGAGCGCGUGCACGCUCGUCUUCAUCCUGGUCUACUUCUUCGGCAUGGCGUCGUCCAUCUGGUGGGUCGUGCUGUCGUUCGCGUGGUUCCUCGCCGCCGGGCUCAAGUGGGGCAACGAGGCGAUCGCCGGGCACGCGCAGUACUACCACCUGGCCGCGUGGCUGAUCCCGGCCGCCAAGACGGUGGCCGUGCUGCUGGCGGGCGCCGUGGACGGCGACCCGGUGGCCGGCAUCUGCUACGUCGGCAACUCGUCGCCCGAGAACCUCAAGAAGUACGUGCUCGCGCCGCUCGUCGUGUACUUCGCGCUCGGCGCGACGUUCCUGCUCGCCGGGUUCGUGUCGCUGUUCCGCAUCCGAUCGGUGAUCAAGCGGCAGGGCGGCAUCGGCGCCGGCUCGAAGGCGGACAAGCUCGAGAAGCUGAUGAUCCGGAUCGGCGUGUUCAGCGUGCUGUACGCGGUGCCGGCGGGCGUGGUGAUCGGCUGCCUGGCGUACGAGGCGGGCGGGUACGAGUCGUGGGUGCGGCGCGUGGCGUGCGGCGCCGGCUGCGGCGACCGCCCGCUGUACUCGGCGCUGAUGCUCAAGUACUUCAUGGCGCUGGCCGUGGGCAUCACGUCGGGCGUGUGGAUCUGGUCGGGCAAGACGCUGGAGUCGUGGCGGCGCGUGUGGCGCGGCGGGCGCGGCGGCGGCGCGCACCGCGCGCUCGUCAAGGGCGGCGUGUGA